AUGAUUGAUCCAUUUGUUAAUUUGACUGACGAUUUAGUGAUAUGUCAUCAUACUGAAAAGAAUCUAGUUUUUUACUUGGUUUGUCAAUCAAAAAUAACCAAUGAUUUCUAUUUUAAAAACAAUAGUGGCGAAAGUGAUUUUGAAACUCAAAGUGAAACCGAUUCAGAUGAUGACGAUGAUGAUGAUGAAGAAGAAGAAGAUGAUGAUGAUGAUGCUAAUGAUGAUGACGAUGACGAUGACGAUGUGUAUGAGUAUCAAGUAGAAAACCCAAAUGGAAAACAUAAUGACAAAAAAAGUGUUAAUAACUCCAAUCAACAAUAUCAAGAAUAUGAGGAAACCGACAUUGGAAGCAACAUUUCCGUUACCAAUUAUGAUUAUAACGAUGCAAAAUCCAUAAAGAAAAAUUUAAAAAAAAAGAAUAAAGACCAUUUACAAAUCAAAAAUUAUAAUUCUCCCAAUCCUUUAUUACCUUUUGUCUUUUUCAAAAGAUUAAUUGAAGUAAUGGAGAACUAUUUUGGUAAACCUUUAAAUCCUUUAAAGUUAGAAGCUAACUAUGAUAUUUUAUGUCUUUUAAUCAACGAAAUGAUCCAAGAUGGUUUCCCCUUCAUAACCGAUUUGAAUCAAUUAAGAGAUAUUGUUCAAUUAGAAGGUUUGUUGAGCAAAUUCAUUUCUUCAACCACUUCUCAAAUCUCAAAAGUAACAACAACAGCUCCUUACAACUCAAAUGUUAAAAGCUUUUCAAGCAAAAAUUUCGAAUCAACUAUUCCAUGGAGAAGACAAAACGUUAAAUAUACUAAUAAUGAAUUAUUUGUUGAUAUCAUUGAAUCAAUUGACAUUCUAAUGUCUGCUCCAAGUAAAAAGAAAAAUAAAAAAACAGUUACCAAUUUCAAUGGCUCCUCAGCUUUUUAUAAUUCGACUUUAAAUGAUUAUGACAAUUUCAACGCUUCAAAGCCUUUAAUGGCCACAAUUCAAGGCCAAAUUCAAUUAACUUGUCAUUUAUCUGGUAUCCCAGAUUUACAAAUGGUUUUAAAUUUAAAUGGUCAUGAUUUUGACAACAUUUUACCAAGUUUUCAUCCUUGCAUUAGUGUUCAAAAUUGGUUGCAACGUCCUGGAAUAUUAUCAUUCAUUCCUCCUGAUGGUAAAUCAAUCCUAAUGAAUUAUGAGAUUGAUCUAUUAAACAACCCAAACCAACAUUAUUCGAAAAAUAUUGGUUUAAUUAACAUUGAUUACAAGACUGGCUUGGGUUUAAAUUCAAAUGAAUUUGAGAUCAAGGUUUUCAUUAAUAAAUUCAAAACAGUUCGAUCUAUUGAUAAUUUUAAAAUCAAUAUUGAUUGUGAAUUAAUUAAAUCGAAAAUUUCUAGCAUCAAAAUUAUAAGAUUAUCUCAAGGUGAUUUUCAAUUUAGUUCAAAUGGAAAAAAUGAAUGGGUCUUUGAUAAAUCUUUGAUUCCCGGAAUAAAUCCAAUAUUUAGAGGCACAAUUAUCUCAAAUGAUGAUAAUCAAUUUGAAAAUAAUCAUGAUGCCAGUAAUUUUUCUAAAUCGAACAGCAUAAAUAAAAUGGAGAAACCGUUAUUUCCAACUUUUAUUUCAGCAAGUUAUAGUUAUAAAGGUUGUAUACCUAGUGGUGUCAAGGUUGAGUCUCUUAAAAUAUUAAAUGCCAGAGGAUUAGGAGAAAAUAUCAAGCCAUACAAGGGUGUUAAGUAUAUUACAACAACCGAUAAUUAUAUUUGCAGGUAA